CCGCAAUCACGCGACGAGCUGAGAAAUCCUAAUCUGUCGGGAGAGGCGCUCAGCAAGCCUAUCUUACGUCAUCCUAAUCACGUCAUACAAAUUCAAGAUGCAUUUUGACGACAUACUCAAGCAGAUAGGAGAAUUUGGGAGGUUCCAGAUUAUUAACUACAUCAUCAUCUGCAUCCCGUUGAUUUCUGCGGGCUUUCACAUGCUGGUAUCCGUGUUCAUCCAAGUUUUACCACCUCAUAGGUGCCAGCUGCCAGGAUUGGAAAACGACACGUAUGAAAUCCAAGGAGACUGGCAUAAAGCCUUGAUUGAGGCCACGAUACCAGUGACAUCUGACGGCGACUACUCCAAGUGUACCAUCUGGGCCAAUCACACCUUGGCGUACACCGGUAACAUGAGUGAGCACAAGUGCGACAGCUGGGUGUACGAUCGGUCGAUCUUUACCAGGACGUUUGCCACUGAUUUCAACCUGGUAUGUAAGGACAAGGAAAAGAUCACCCCGGCUCAGGUCGCCUUCAUGGGCGGAGUGUUGGCAGGAGCCUUCAUACUGGGCUUUAUGGCGGACUAUUUGGGCCGUAAGCUGACAUUUCUGGUGUCCAUGCUUCUUCAAGGACUUUCGGGGACAGCCGCAGCGUUCGCACCCGAAUACUACAGCUUCGUCUUCUUUCGCUUCUUGGACGGUUUUUCGAACGCUGGGGUCAUGAUGUGCGCCUUUGUGCUAGGUGUCGAGCUGGUCGGACCUUCUAAACGAAUGUACGCGGGUCUCAUCAACAUGUACUUCUUCGCCCUGGGAGAGAUCAUCCUCGCCCUCCUGGGCUACCUGAUCAGGGACUGGCAAUACCUUGAGCUCGCCAUUUCUAUCCCCAGUUUCCUGUAUCUAUCUUAUUGGUGGUUGAUUCCCGAGUCAGCAAGGUGGUUGCUGGCGAAUGGUAAGCAUGAAGAAGCCGCCAAGAUACUGAGGAAAGCGGCCAAAGUGAACCGCGCCCAUCUACCAGAGAAAUUUCUUGAACAGGUGUCCGAGGACGAAGAAGUCCAGUCUUCGAGUUUGCUGAAUAUCUUUCGCGCUCCUAAACUGCUGUGCAGAACUGCGAUCAUUUUCUAUAACUGGUGUAUCGUAAGCAUGGUUUACUACGGCCUGAGCUUGAACAGCGGUAAUCUGGGAGGCUCAAUCUUCCUGAAUUUCCUGGUGGCCGCGCUCGUGGAGUUUCCCGCCUACACCGCGUGUUUCACCAUAGACAAGCUGGGGAGAAAGGCGGUCUAUUGCGGCAGCAUGCUUCUUGGAGGUGUGGCGUGUCUCUGUAGCAUCUUUGUGGCCGUUUACGCAGAUCCAGACGCGCCCAGUACCAAUUGGAUCAACGUGUGUCUCUCAAUGACCGGUAAAUUUGGUGCCACGAUGGCCUUCGCUAUCGUCUAUGUGUGGUCGGCGGAGAUCUACCCCACCGUGGUCAGGAACGGCCUCAUGGGAUUUAGCUCCACAUUUGCCAGAGUAGGAGGUAUGCUGGCCCCGGUGAUUGCGAAUGAGAUCAAGUUUGAAGGAAAGAUCGGGCAGAACGCGGCUCUCAUAGUAUUUGGUGGUACUACAAUCCUUGCCGGUCUGUUGUCUCUCCUGUUACCGGAAACAACCGGCCGAGAACUGCCGGAAACUAUCGAACAGGCUGAAAAAGUCUCCACCCGUCAUCCGGGCUCUAGGAAACUGACCGACAGAGAGCACAGAGAGAAACUAGGCCUCAGUUUGACCAGUCUGAACGAGAUCAGCAUGUCGCCAAGAUAAGAGGCUCUUCAACACGGGCAGACGUGACGUCAUAAUAAACAACAGGCGUGCGUGACGUCAUAAAACUGCAUUCGACUUCACAAGAUAAUUUCAGUAUACUGAAAAUUGCAAUGAGAGUCAGUGAUUUUUAAAGCAAUUUAGAUAUCUGGAUUAUUAUUAUGGUUAUUAUUGUUGUUUCGUUACACAGCAGGACAAAUAUUAUUGCCAAUAAUAAC